AUGACAUCUAAUAAUGAUAAAAGAAUGGAAUCUUUAUCUCAAGUGAUUCCAGAGGAGCUAGCAAAAAAAAUGGAGAAAGCAUUGCUAGAAGUAUUGGAAACGGCAAUAUGCCAGAAUUUUAAAGAGAGUAGUAAAUUUGUUAGAGAUCAUCUUACCUAUGUAAAAAAAUUGCGAUUGGCAGAAAAUCCUGACGGAUAUGCUAGAUAUAUUGCAAGAAAACUAGAAGAAAAAUGUGAAAUAUCUAAAGAUAAUGCGAAAGGAAUUAUUCAAGGACUUCUUAACAUGUUACUUACAGAUGAUUAG